AUGAAGACCCUCCUGCUAUUGGCAGUGAUCAUGGCCUUUGGUCUGCUGCAGACCCAUGGCAAUCUGAGAAAUUUUGGGCAAAUGAUAUGGUUGGCAACAGGAAAGAAACUCGUAUUGGAUUAUGGCUUCUAUGGUUGCCACUGCGGUCUGGGCGGCAGAGGAUUCCCGAAAGAUGCCACGGAUCGGUGCUGUGCUGUCCACGACUGUUGCUACAGACAUCUGGAGAAACUCGGGUGUCACAACAAACUUCUGAGCUAUAAGUUUAGCCACAGCGGGGGCAGCAUCGUCUGUGCGAGCCAGGACUACUGUGGGAGUCAGCUGUGUGAAUGUGAUAGAAACGCUGCCAACUGUUUUGCUAGAAACCUGGACACCUACGAUAAAGAGUACCAGCACUAUUCCAAACUCCAGUGCAGCGGGAGCGCCCCCCGUUGCUGA